GUGCUACAGAUGAGGUGAGGUGGGCUCCAGGAUUUACUUUAUACACGGUGGCCCCUGGUGUGUGUGUGUGCAGAUAACCUAUAAGAGCUUAGAAGAUAAGAGCUUUCGACUGCAAAACCCACCUCCCCAGAUCUAACAGGACAGUAAAACGGAUUCACCAAUGGAGUACAAGAUGAACCACAAGAGGCGAGGCCUGGCACUAAUCUUCAACCAGGAAAACUUUCGAUAUUUACCGAAGCGCCGUGGCACAAAUAAAGACAGAGACAGCCUCACAGAAAGAUUUCAAGUGUUAGGGUUUGAAGUGAACUCUCACAAUGACAAACGUAAGGAGGAGGUGCUGGGAGAAUUACGAAAAGCUGCCGCAGCUGACCACACGGAUGCUGACUGCUUUGUCUGCAUUUUCAUGACUCAUGGGGAAGAAAGGACAAUUAACGCCUACGAUGAUAAGAUUAAAAUUAAGGAAAUAACAGAUCUCUUCAGAGGAGAUCAAUGCAAGAGCCUUGUAGGGAAGCCCAAGAUCUUCAUCUUCCAGGCAUGUGCUGGUAACAGGUAUGAAGAUGCUGUGACUGGCAUGAUGGCAGGGGACAGUGAUGAUGAGGAAGAGGUGGAGGAAGCAGCUAACAUCUACACCAUCCCAGCAGGGGCAGACUUCCUCAUGUGUUACUCUGUAGCAGAGGGAUUCUAUUCAUUUCGCAGUCCUGAAUUUGGAUCGUUCUACAUUCAGGAUUUAUGUGAAACGCUGCAACAGCAUGGCUCAACUAUGGAGUUCACUGAGCUCCUGACGCUGGUCAACCUGAAGGUUUCCCGACGUACCGCAGACGUGGGCAAUGUUAAGAAUAAAAAACAGAUGCCCUGCUUCACCUCCAUGCUGACUAAAAAAGUCUAUUUUAGGUGCAACAAAUAGUAAAGCACCCGCUCCCAGGGCAUUACUAUUUACCAUUACUCACGCAACAUUUUUGCUGUUAUUAGUGUUUUGUUUUAACAUUUUACAAUGAUUGCAUCAACAUAAUAUACAGUAUCUAUGAGAUGACACUUAACAUAACUCCAGGAUUGAGCUACUAAACCACUAAACCACCACCAAACAUACUGUAUAUGAUAUGGGAGACCGUGGAUGGUGGUAAUGUAAUUUUUUAAAUGUUUUCUUACAUGAUUUUUCAGGACUCUCCUAGGGGAGGUUGUUAAGAGACAUAGCUUUGAUGGUAGUGAUAUAAGGACUAUGGAUGACACUAGUGUUAUAACCAUCCAGGCCCUUGACUCUGUAAUCGCAUGCCAUGGAGUGAAGAGAUGGUUGUGCGCCAAAAAUAAUGUUAAUGAAGAGACCUCAACACUUCUGUCCAUGCUUCCGUCUUUGAUGUUUCUGGGGUGAGAAGGGGUUGGUUUAAAAUGUUCCAUGAUAUAUUUCACACUCAAAGACACACGCAAGCACACUGACUGACAGCCAUGCUGUUCUUUCAUUUCACAACUUCAUUAAAGUUCUUCUAAUGCAAAUUGUAUAGUGUGGGCUC